AUGUCUCCUAUCCCCUUCGACCUACCCUCAUGGGUUCCCAAAAAUUCAGUCUUCGCCUCGGCCUUGCUGGUGCUCACGUCCUGUGUGACUGCCUGCACCAUAGGUUUUGAUGGGUCGAUGAUGAACGGACUCAAUAUUCUUCCGUCCUAUACCGACUAUUUCACUCUGACCACGGCCACACUCUCCCUGAACACGGCCUCGGUGUGGAUGGGCAGUACCCUCGCCGGCCUCAUCUGCGGAAAAGUGCCCGACUGGAUCGGGCGAAAAUGGGCACUGUUCUUCGCGGCCUCUCUGACCGUCAUCGGUGUCAUCAUCCAGACCGCAGCCCAAAACAUCGCCAUGUUCGUCGUCGCCCGUACCAUCAUCGGGUUCGGGACAGGCGCGGCCAACGUCGCCGGCCCCAGCUUUGUCGCUGAGACGCUCCCCGUCAAAUACCGUGCCUGGGGAUUGGGACUCUUCUACGAUUUUUGGUACGUCGGCGCCUUGAUCGCGGCGGGCGUCACAUAUGGCACCGCCAAAUUCGAAUCGACCUGGGCCUGGCGACUUCCGUCUCUGCUCCAAGGAAUCUUCAGCGUCAUGUGUAUCUUGCUUCUGCCCUUCGUCCCGGAAAGUCCUCGUUGGCUGGUCUCUCAGGGCCGCAAUCAGGAGGCACUAGUCUCCAUCGCAGCCACCGGCUCCAACGGAGACCUCAAUGACCCAGCCGUGCUCAUUCAGUACCGCGAAAUCACCGAUACAUUGGCCUUCGAAAGAAGCUACGAAAAGCCCUCGUUCAUCUCCCAAUGCCUCAACAGUGCGUCAACGCGCAAGAGAAUCUUUCUGGUCACUCAGGUGGCCCUCUUCUCCAUGCUGGCAGGAAACAACAUCAUUUCGUACUACCUGGGUACUAUGCUAAAUCAAGCCGGGGUGACCAACUCGACGACCCAGCUCGAGAUCAACAUCAUCUUGAACGCAUGGUGCCUCGUUGUUGCCAUCGCGGGUACUUUGCUGGCUGAUAAGCUCGGUCGGAAAACUCUGGCGGCUUCUUCACAGGCCGCUCUGACUGUCUUUAUCUUCAUCUUCGGCGCCUUGACCAAGGUCUACGGCAAUUCCGACAACAAUUCGGGCAUAUACGGCACCGUGGCCGCCAUCUUCUUGUUCCAAGGCUCGUACAGCUUCGGUUGGACCCCCUUGACUGUCAUGUAUCCACCAGAAGUGCUGAACUACAGCAUCCGUUCGGUUGGCAUGAGUUGGUACACCUUCUGGAGCAAUGGUAUGGGCUUGAUGUGCACAUUCGCUUUCCCUUACGCCCUCGAGGCGAUCGGCUGGAAGACGUACAUGAUUAAUGGUGCUUGGGAUGUGCUGUGUCUUGUGGUGGUUCUGGUCACCUGGGUUGAGACCAAGGGACGGACGCUCGAGGAGAUUGAUGAGAACUUGGACGGUGUCGUGCACAGCGAAGUUCCAAAGCUGGCGACGAUUAUGGGCGUCUCUCAGGAUGAAAGGGAAGGAAUCGUCAAUGCAUUGGAUAUCGCGACCACGAAGGAGGUCGAGGCACGAGCAUCAGUGGUCGAAGUGCAGAGGAGCUGA